CAGGGGGCAGGGGGGCGAGGGGGGUGAGGCCGCCAUGGGCUUGCUGGACAAGCUGCGCAAGGAAUGGUUCCUCAUCGGCAUCGUCGCGGCCAUCGGCCUGGCGCGGAUGGAACCCAGCAUCGGCGUCAAGGGCGGGCCCCUGAAGCCGGAGGUGACCAUCACCUACGUCGCCGUCUCGGCCAUCUUCUUCAACAGCGGCCUCUCGCUCAAGACGGAGGAGCUGACGAGCGCCCUGCUGCACGUGCGGCUGCACAUGCUGGUGCAGGGCUUCACGCUCGGCUUCUUCCCGCUCGCCGUGUGGCUGCUGCUGCGGCUGCUGGCGCUCACGGGACUCAACCCGUGGCUGCUGCAAGGGUUGCAGGUGGUGGCCUGCAUGCCCCCGCCGGUCUCCUCCGCUGUCAUCCUCACCAAGGCCGUGGGGGGCAAUGAGGCUGCGGCGAUUUUCAACUCGGCGUUUGGGAGUUUCCUGGGCAUCGUGGUGACGCCCGCGCUGCUGCUGAUGUUUCUGGGCUCAUCGUCCGCCGUUCCGUUCACCUCCAUCUUCUUCCAGCUCUUCAUGACCGUGGUGGUGCCACUCAUCAUCGGCCAGGUGGUGCGUAGCCGCGUGCGUGAGUGGAUGGAGCGGCGGCAGCCUCCGUUCGGUGCCGUGAGCAGCGUGGUGCUGCUGGCGAUCAUCUACAGCACGUUCUGCGACACGUUCGCCCGGCCAGACACGGCGCUCGAGCCCGCCAGCCUGCUCGCCGUCGUCACGCUGGUCCUCCUCAUCCAGCUCAGCUUCAUGUUGCUCACCUUCAUGAUCUCCACCAGGGACGGUUCGAGUUUCACUCCGGCCGACACGGUCGCCAUCGUCUUCUGCUCGACCCACAAGUCGCUGACGCUCGGUGUGCCCAUGCUGAAGAUCGUGUUUGCGGGGAUGCCGCAGCUUUCGCUGCUCACCGUGCCGCUGCUCGUCUACCACCCGACGCAGAUCCUGCUGGGCGGCCUGCUCGUUGGCACCCUGCGCCCCUGGAUGCUGUCACGGCAGCGGGGCCAGUCUCUGCGGCUACCCAGGCUGCUCCCGUGACGGUGCCACGGAGGCUCCGGUAGUGCCAGGCCGCGUUUUGGCCUGCGCCCGUUGCCAUCUCCGCUUGCCGGUGGCGCAAACACACGAGAGGGACUCGUGGGCGAUGCCACUGCGGCUCCUCCCGUCCUCCAAUGUGACUUUGGCACCAGCUCUGCUCUCCUGCUGAGCGGGUGGCACGGAGUUUGGGGGCAGGGCCCCGUGACCAGGGCCCCGUGACCAGGGCCCCGUGACCAGGGCCCCGUGACCAGGGCCUGGUGACCCACGCCUCACAAACACCGCACGCACGUGAGGGCGAGAGCAACCCCAUUGUGGUGAAGGUGUGGACUUUUGGUGGUGUUGGUGGUCUGGGUUUCGUAGCUGUACCUUGGCCGUUAUGGGUGUUAUUUGAAGGUUGUUUUACCCGUGGUCGUUAUGCAGGGAGGUGGAUGACUCGGAGACGAGAAUGCGAUUAAACCGACACGGAGAGAGGUUUCCUUGACCCUGCGAAUCACUCAUUACCAGGGUCUUGUCAUCCGGGGUGGGCCGGGAAGGGAAUAGAUACGUGGUUAGAGCGUUUUUCGUGUUGGAGUGGUUUAGCCUUCAGAGCCAUCUCUCAUCCCAAAAAUCACUCCCACCACCACACCCCCCAACUUCACCACCACUCGCAUCACUCCAAAUCCAUGGCUCCCCCCAACUUCACCACCACUCGCAUCACUCCCCCCAACUGCACCACCACUCACACCCAUCACUUCCCUGACUGCACCACAGCGGCGCGGCUCCAAGACGCGUCUCCCGUUACCACCCUGAGAGCUGUAAAUGUGGUAAUGGGGGCGACGUCCGCUGCCCUGCGCUUGCGAGGGGGGCCCCGGCGACCCCGCAAAUCAGGUUACCGUGGGGUAACCACAUUACUCCCGGGCGCGACAAUUGACACCACUCACACCCUGCCCAUGUGUUACGCAUACAGAAGACCGUAUAGCCUUAGCAGACUUGGGGCAAGUGCUGUUAGCAAGCACCAAGGCCGGAAGAAGAGUUGGGUGGUCAGCACCACACCCGGCCAGCAUAUACUCGUGAUAAAUUCGGACAAACUCGGGUUUGUUUCGCAGUCCGCCAGCAACGACACCAACACCCACCCACUUUGUCUUAGCACAAAUAUCCCGUCUCGCCAUUACAGACUGAAGAAAGUGCUUUUAGCGAGCACCUUAAAGGCCGGCAUGGCACACGAGGUGGUGGGUGGCCAGCCUUUUGUCUCCCCAAUGGCAAUGUUUACACACCGCACCAGGUACUCAUUUUAGGCAGAGUCAACCUAGGGGAGGCCAAUGACCGGUUCAGAUAAUCGUCACCGGUGUUGAGCGGGAAACGAACUCUGGUCGCCGGGUUUGUAGCACACUUGUACACACACUCAUACACAUGUACACAGAGCCCAUGUGAAAAAUGCCUUGACACUUGGUAAAAGUUCUUUUGGAAAAACUU